UUCAAUAUAAUGAGGUACCCUAUUAGGCUAAGUCAUACCUUUUAGAACGUUUCUCAUUAUUCUUUCUUUCUUUCUUUCUUUCUUUAUCAACUGUGGCGGAAACGGGCUUCCAUAGUCGGGGGAGGGCCAGUGGGAAGAAAAGUCAUCUCCUGAGGAAACGCCGCAGAGACAGAUAACACAGUUAAACGUAACGUUGUGGUCAUAUGAAAGAAAUACUUGCGUUUGGAAGGAAAUGUGCGCGAAGUAAGUCAUCUGGAGUUUUGAUGGACGAACUUGUCAGAAGACGUAAAGGACUUUCUUUCGAUUCUAUGCGAAUAACUUUAACGAAGGGUUAAAAUAUCCGCUUUGAGGUAUUUGUAAUCUGCAACAAAUAUCACCGUGAACAGACAAUUGCAAAGGGUUACUUUGAAAUUCUAGCCUGAAGACAUUGUCAGUGUAAUGAUUAAAUUGAUAAACAGUUUAAGCAUAGCAUACGUUUCAUACAAAUGAUGGAAUCAAGAUACGUUGUUUCUUUGCUCAUUCUCCUGACUGGACACUUCGUCACGAUAAGUGCUCAAGGGAAGGGGCAACUUUCCACGGGACUUGUGUCUCCAACCCUGAAAUCUGCACUUGGUACAGGCAAUGUGGUCAAUGAGUCCAUGCCUCGACGACCAAGAGUUUUGCCGCCUAUGUGCACAGGUCCCACAGAAAUAAGAGAUACUUUCAAGUAUAUUAACACCGUGGUUUCAUGCAUUGUGUUUGUAGUUGGGAUAAUCGGGAACUCUACGCUGCUCAGAAUCAUUUAUAAAAACAAAUGCAUGAGGAACGGUCCUAAUAUCCUCAUUGCAAGUCUUGCGCUUGGGGACCUUUUGCAUAUUGUCAUAGACAUUCCCAUUAACGUCUAUAAGCUUCUGGCUGAAGAUUGGCCAUUUGGUGUUGGACUUUGCAAAAUGGUUCCCUUUAUACAAAAGACAUCAGUUGGCAUCACAGUGCUGAGUUUGUGUGCACUGAGUAUAGACAGGUUUCGAGCAGUGGCAUCGUGGAACCGCAUCAAAGGCAUUGGCGUCCCUAAAUGGACAGCCAUUGAAAUCAUUCUGAUAUGGGUGCUGUCCAUUAUACUUGCAGUGCCAGAGGCCAUUGCCUUUGACAUGAUCACAAUGGAUUACAAAGGAGAGCAGCUUAGGAUUUGCUUGCUCCACCCUAUGCAGAAAAACAAGUUCAUGCAGUUUUAUAAGUCAGCCAAAGAUUGGUGGCUUUUCAGUUUCUACUUCUGCAUGCCGCUGAUGUGUACUGCUAUCUUCUACACUCUCAUGACCUGUGAAAUGCUUCGAAAAAAGAAUGGGGUCCAAAUUGUACUUAGUGAUCACCUAAAACAGAGGCGUGAGGUGGCUAAAACCGUGUUCUGUCUGGUGCUAGUCUUUGCACUGUGCUGGCUUCCUCUGCAUCUCAGUCGUAUUCUUAAGCAUACCAUUUAUGAUGAAAGGGACCCCAACCGCUGCGAGCUUCUGAGUUUCUUCCUGGUUCUUGAUUAUAUCGGGAUCAACAUGGCAUCAGUGAACUCGUGCAUAAACCCAAUCGCUCUGUAUAUGGUUAGCAAGCGCUUCAAGAGCUGUUUCAGAUCAUGUCUGUGUUGCUGGUGCCUUCCUCCUGAAAUGUUAGCCAUGGAUGACAAGCAGUCCUGCAUGAAGCUGAAGGUGACAGAGCGAGGAUCUGAACAAAGCAAUAGCCGUGCCUCCAACAUACACUUCAGCUUAGGCACUGAUCUGCAUACAGGUAUUGGUGGCCAACAGUUUCCAUUUAACAUUUAGCUAAUGCCAUACAACCUAACUCUGUGUCAGCUGGAUGUAUACUCAUUACAAGCAAAUGUGCUGCUGUGAUAGGUAUUAAAAAGGCUAUGUAUCUUUAAGUCUCAUUUAAUAAUCACUCCUGACUGGCAUACAUGUACUGUGGUCAAUGUCAGUGGUUUUUAAAUGUGCUAUAUAAAUAAAUUUGUAUUGUAUUGUAUUGUGUUGUAUGUAGUGUUGGGAACUACUUCAAAUUUGAUUUAACAUUAACAUCCACAAUUUUUAACAUUAUGAUAAUGUUCUAGAUGCUCUGGUAAGGUUAAAAAAAGUCAAAUUCAACUGAAUGAUUUAACAAUGAUUCAGCACUAGCUACAUGUCACACUAUCUGAAAAACGCUCACAAGUUUUGUCCAACUCUCCAUACAUUCAUACUUCAGGAACUGUGAUGUAAAUAUUCAACCAAAAUCGAAAGUGUCAAAUUUCAAACCACUCCUGGUGCACCCCAAGCACUGCACAUUUUGUAUGUCUCCCUUAUUAGACACCCAAUUCAGUCUCUACUAAUGAGCUGAUGAGUUGAAUUAGGUGUGUUAAACCAGACAUACAAAAUGUGCUGGAGGUGCUCCAGGACUGGUUUGAAAACUCCUGAUUUAAAAAAUUUCCAAAUGUAAUAAAGCAACUGAUUGUAAGAACAAUGCUAGGUUUGUUUUUGGUGUACGUAUAUGGAGUUGCCCUGCAGCAUAGUUCAAGUAAACAACCUUUUUUCAAUAGCUCUUUUAUGCCAGAAAAUACAUUAACCCUAAUAUAGAAGAGAAUAUUUCUUAUGUGAUUAUUACUACUACUACUACUACUAGUACUACUACUACUACUAGCUUUGAGAUGUUAUACUUUUUCGAUUGUUGUUUGGUGUUUUUUUUUUUUUGGGGGGGGGGGGGGGGGGGGGGGGUGUCAGCAAUGUGAUGUGGUUUCAUAAUUUAAUAUGUAUCUUUAAGGAUAGUGUAUUUGUCAGUGUUUGUCAAUGUUGCACAUGCUUGCAAACUUAUACUGUGAUUAUCUCAUCUGUCUAGUAGAAGACCAAGAUUUACUUGAGAUUUACACAACUUGUAUGAUUAAUCUUCCAUGUGACUCAAGGCCUCAGACAUUUUAUUAAUCAUUUGUGUUAUAAUUCCUGCUGACUCUGUUCAGUUUUUUGUAGUUCUUACUAAUAUUUAUAUAUUUCUUUGUUGUCCAUCUGUUAUGUAAGACUUUUUUUAAUCUUAAAUGUGUUGCAAAAAAAGCUUAUUUUAUGACAAUAAAAACACAAAAACUUAUUUAUACCAUCUUUACACCAUUUCC